AUGGCUGCCGCCGCUCCUCCUCCGCCACCUUCCGCCGCGCCGGAGCCAAACAUGGUGCCUGAGACGGCUCCGUUGGGCCACCCUCUGUUCUCCAGGAUCCGCCUCGCGACGCCGUCUGACGUUCCCUUCAUCCACAAGCUGAUUCUCCGAAUGGCGGUAUUCGAGCGUUUGACUCACCUCUUCUCCGCAACCGAGUCCGGACUCGCCUCCACGCUCUUCAACUCGCCGCCAUUUCAGUCCUUCACCGUCUUCCUCCUCGAGGUUUCUCGCUCCUCGUUUCCUCACCUUCCGUCCUCCGAUUUCACGCCUUUCCUCAAGACCCAUAACUUUGAUCUCCCGAUGGACGAUCCCGAGAGAUCAGGGUUCAUGUCGGACCCCGGAAACGACGUCGUCGUUGCCGGGUUCGUCCUGUUCUUCCCGAACUAUUCGUCGUUUCUGGCGAAACCUGGUUUUUACAUUGAGGAUAUCUUCGUGAGAGAUUGUUACCGGAGUAAAGGGUUUGGUCGGAUGUUGUUGACGGCGGUGGCGAAGCAGGCGGUGAAGAUGGGUUACGGAAGAGUCGAAUGGGUCGUGCUCGAUUGGAACGUGAAUGCGAUCAAGUUUUAUGAGCAAAUGGGUGCUCAGAUUCUGCAGGAAUGGAGGGUUUGUAGGCUCACAGGCGAUGCCCUUGAAGCUUACAGUAAGGUAAACCUGUAGAUUGAUGAAGUUUGAGCCAUCAAUCGAUUCCAUUGUCGCUGAGUUUCAAGUCUCUCUUCCAUUGAUGGAAUCUUUCAUUUCAAAUGAAAAUCUGAAUGUUUGAAGUUUCGAAAUGUAAUUAUGAAUUCGAAGUCAUCUUAGGCGGCUGACGAAGUUGAGCUAUUGAUCAUUUCCAUUGUUGCUGAGCUUCCAACUUUCUUGUUCUUUUGAUCUUUCUCUUUUAUGAGAGAUAUAAAACCAUGGCUUUUAAUGGGUC